GAUUACCGAUGCUUCAGGUCGCACCAAACUUUUCAGUAUCUACUGCAGUGCUCUGAAGGUAUCUGAAACAACAUGGGGAGGCUGAGUUUUUAUGUGCUUUGUUCCCUGCGUGACGCUCCCCGUCAGUUCAUCAGGAAAUCCAACCGAAGUUGCUUUCAGGUCCACAUCCCACUGCCUCUCCCCAAACAUCUGGUCAUCUUCGGUCUUGGAGAAUGGAAAAGCAGCGAGACCACAAUCUCGGUAGAUGUUCUGGUCAGUGCAGAAGUACCAGCCCAGAAGAUUGGGACUUUGUCUCCCAAAGAGAGGUGCCUGAUCUGGGAGGGGGACUGGAGCCCUGACAUUGUCACAGUCGCAGCAGCGAGAGGCAGGAGAGGAGUUUAUGGCAAGAUUGUGCUCACGGUGUGUGGAGAGACUUGUGACCAGCCCCAGGAUAAAUCCAGCGCCUUCAGCAGCACUGGUCUGGCUCAAAGGACAUUUAGAAUGCCAGAACAGCACGAUACCACUGAUCUCUCUUGCACGUUACCCCAAAAUGCAGGAAAUGAAACGAUAACUACCAACUCGUCACAAUUGUUGGCGGAUAGUGUUUGCUCUGAUGCUGACAUUCAAGUUAAUAGAAUUAACACCAGUGAGUCCACUAUUGAAGAUACACCCAGAGUUUGGCCUACGGAUAAGACACCCAGACGGACAGUUAUCAGUAAGAGAGGCCACCUGACAUGGAGCACUGAGGACACGGAGAGCCUUGCGGAGGACGCAGACCAGCCUUCAUCCCCAAAGAAAAUCAGGCAGUCCAGGAUGAACAGCACGGAGGAAAUGACGGUGCAGAUAAAGAAUGACAACAGAGAAGCUUCAGUGUGUCCAUCAAUGCGCUGGAGCCAUACGAUGUGUCUGAGCGACCCUGACACAGCCAUCCUCAUCGGAGGGGAGACAGCAGGUCAAAACCACUGCAAGGACUCCCUGUGGAAACUGGAGUUAGACAGUGACUUCUGGUUCCCCAUUAACUCCUCCUCCUCUGGAUCCGUGCCACUAUGUGCCCGAGGACACUCUGCGACAUACGACCCAGACUCCAAGUCAGUGUUUGUUUACGGUGGUCUGAGGGAGGGUCAGCGCUACAAUGAGCUCUACAUCCUUAACACUCUGACCUGGACGUGGAGGCUUGUCACUGCAAAGGGGAAUGUUCCAAAUGUGGCGUAUCACUCGGCAGCCUUUUACAAGAAAGAGCUGUUUGUCUUCGGUGGAGUUCAGCCGAGCCAUUCUUCCAUGGAUAAAUCCUGCAGCAAUGUUCUGUACAUCUUUAACCCCGAGUUUGAACUCUGGUACCAGCCGAUUGUGGAUGGGGACAUACCUCUGCCUCGGUUUGGGCACUCGGCUACACUGCUGUCAAAUAAGUUGAUCAUAUUUGGUGGACGGAAGACUGCUACCUACCUUAACGAUCUCCAUGUUCUAGAUCUGGGCCUCAUGGAGUACACAGCUGUGAAGAGUGGGAAUAUGCCACCACUGCCCCGAGGGUUUCAUGCAGCUCUACCAGUUUCAGACGACAGGAUUUUAGUCAGUGGAGGUUGCAGUGCAAUUGGAGCUCUGCAGGAUGUCCAUAUCUUCAACACUAAGACCAACAUGUGGAGCUCAGUGGCGUCUCCCCUGCUGUGCUCCAAGCCUCGUGCAGGACACAGCAUGAUAACGUUGGGCUGCUCCAUCCUGACAUACGCAGGGAACAAGGAAAAUUGCAGGGUCUACUGCAGAGUGCUCGUGUUCGGUGGAUCAGAUUGCUCCGGUACUUUCUACAAGGACACAGUCAAGUGCACAGUGGAGAUCCCUGGGGACAAGUGAUGGGAAGAAACCCAUUCGGGACAAUUGUGUUUUUUUUUAAAAAUGGUAGAGGAUGCUGUGGUCUGCCAUGACAGAAAUAAGUGUUUGUAUCUAUAUGUUUUUCUAUUUGGUUGUUUGUCUUUACUUCAUAUAAUUGUAGCAUGAUGUGUCUUUUUAAAAACAUACAUACCUCUUCCAGUCAAUACUCUCGAAGCAGUAAGCUUAGAGGUUUUGAACUUUGAAUAACAAAUAUCUCUGCUCUGCAUGUUUUGUACAUUACUUCAUGUCCUGUAACUUGUCUCCACAUAUCAAUAUGUAUUUGAGGGUAAACUGAU